CCCUUCACUUAUGCAAACCCCUAUAAAACUUACUCUUUUUUCUCUUACCAACAAACCUUAACCACUUACAAAUUUCGAUCACCCUCUUUGAACUCUUUUCCACUCAAAUCCUAACCAAACCCAUGACUCCACAAAUAUCACAAUUCCAAUACUUGGCUCCUGAAUCGAACUCGACCCCGAUCAUCACCAACUUCAACAUCCAAGCUCCCAUAUCUCUAACCAAUUUCUUAACCAACAUCCCUGAUCACUACUUCAAUUCACACCCUUCACUUCUAAGCAACAACUCAACUUCUGAUGAAGCCAGUGAGCAACAAACCAACAUAAUUAGUGAGCGGAAACGCAGAAGAAUGAUAUCAAAUAGAGAGUCUGCUAGAAGAUCAAGAAUAAGGAAACAAAAGCAACUCGAUGAGCUUUUCUCGCAACUGGAUCAUCUUAGAACCGAUAAUCAGAGUCUCAUGGAGCAGUUGAACCACUUGGUAGAGAGCCACGAACGAGCAGUGGAGGAAAAUGCGCGAUUAAAGGAAGAGACAACCGAUAUCAGGCAGAAGCUUUAUGAAAUCCAGUUUGAAAAUAAUUCAUCUAGUGCUCUGUUGAGUUCUAAGUUGCUUGAAAUGUUAUAUAAUGAACUGUGAGAAUGUUGAAAUUAAUGUGUGCCUUGUGUAACAUGCAAGUCAAUGAAUAAUCGUAAGUUUAAAACCAUUUGGUUGAACAAUUAAAUUACCCAAAACAAUAUAUGAACAUCACAAAUAUAUACUUUUUUAAAUAAUCAUUUUUGGUUCCUUUGAGUUGAUUUUAAUAUGCAUUAUUUACGAGAAUUGUAUAACUUUACAAUUAUUAUUUUUGUUAUUAUAAAAUGUAUUGAAAGUAUUUUUUUCAAAAGCGUUUGUUAAUUUUUAGAGGCUAUUUAUUAAAAGUUGUAUAUUUUAAACUGUAUUCUUUGAUUUGCCAUUAGAACCCUUGAAUUAAUGUAGUUAAUUUGCUAAAAUUAUUUUUAAAUGAAAAUAGGCAGAUCGGGUCUGGUUGGAAGCACAGGCCCAUAACAUGUUUACUUCUAUACUCUUGCAGCCCACACCAAUAAAAUCACAAGCGUAGGUAAUUGAAAUUUACACUUUAGUGCUCACUAAGUGUAAAUUUCAAUUAUUGGUUAAGAAUGCAAGGAGUGUUUCAUGAAUCAUUCGUUAGCUAUUAGCUUAUUAGUUUUUACGGUAUGUCACUUAUUCGAAUACUAUAUUUUAUAUUUUGUUAAUUGUAUUGUUUAUCGAACGCUAUAUUUUUGUCAACGGUUCACGGUUGUAUGAAAAACUAGUUUAAGUUAUUUAUUUCGUUAAGGCCUAAGGGCACGUUUUUCGAGCUCGAAAAGGGUACAUGAAUUAGCAGGGCCGGCCCUGGUGCUCAGUUAUUUAUCUUUAACAAUAAAUCAUGAUAAAGUUCUAUGUUUCAUGAAUUUUUAGGUGUAAAAUGUUGUGGAUAUCUUUUAGGGUAUAUUACGACUUUAUUAUUUGGUUCUUUUUCGAUUAUUAUACCAAGUACUGAUCUCGUACAUAUACCGUAACAAAUGAACCGACACAACCUAAAACAUCCUUUAAAAUCACACAAACUUAGGAACAACAAAAACAUCCUUUAAAAUCACAUCUUCAGACAAUCUAAAACACCUUAUCUGUUUAACUUUAGCAUCAGUUCCAUUAGGAUGUUUAACAGAAAUAUUGUAUUCAGAAACAUUAACUAAGUUAAACAUGUUAUCAUUACUCAUAACCAUGUGCUGAUUAGCACCAGAAUCAACAAUCCAUUUAAGUAUAUUUUGAUGGAAGAAAGUAGAGUUAAAAUAAUACAUUUUUUUAUAAAAUCCUAGAGAAGAAAAAGCACUAUAACACUU